UGAAAUACGGACAGGGAAGCUGUUAGCCAACUCGGCUCCGAGCGGGCAAUAGAGAAGACUUCUCAAUGGACAAGAACUCGCCUGGAAUUCUUUACUACGUGCGAAGGGAACUAGAGAGAAGCUACAGUUCAUGAGGAGCUUCUCCUCCUAAAUAGGUUCCACUUGCUUUCGACGUUUUGGGCUGUCGUAACUUUUGGGCUUCUCUUAUUCUCGGCGCUUGUGUUUUUCUGGCCGAUUUCCCGUUGGGGGAAAAAAAGGAGAAAGGGGACUUCUGUUGGCUCAGAUUUGGGUCCGACCACUACCCGAGACCUUUUUUUUUGUGUGUGGAUAAUUUGGGGAUGACCGCAGCCGCCUUCGGUGAAAAAGGAAACUCUCACGCGAUUGGCACCAAACGCAACGCUAUUUGGAAAGACGAUUUGAAAUGAAGGAACAAACAAAGAACCCUUCCGUUGUAUUGAAGGCAAAGAAGAAUUGGACCAUGGAACAGUACGACAACCAAAAAAGCUAUAAGCUAAAGUAAUAUGUCUGUGCUUAAUGUAAAAAGAAAAGCAACUUUUGCCAAAUUCAUGAGAUUUAUCAAUUUUCACUGCGGUUACUUUACGGUCCCGUGGGGAAAAUGAGUGCUCAUUGGCUUAAGUUUGUGACUAUGCUGCUCUGCAUCGGCCGCGUUGUGUCGGCGGCGGACGCGUCCGGUUGUAAAUACGACGAGCACUCGAAAAGCACCGGGAAGAGCCUUGGGUCCGACAGGAAAGUGGUCUGCAGCAACAUGGAGCUCCGUCAAAUGCUGCCGCCCGACUCCUUCCCAAAUCGGACUGUCACACUAAUUCUUAACAACAACAAAAUUCAAGAACUGAAGAACGGCUCAUUUCUCGGCUUGUCAACGUUGGAAAAAUUGGACCUGCGGAAUAACCUGAUCAGCCGAAUCGAACAGGGUACCUUCCUUGGAUUGCCAGCUCUCAAAAGACUGGAUUUGUCCAACAAUAGCAUCGGCUGCCUCAACGUGGACAUCUUCAGGGGCCUCACGAGUCUCAUCCGCCUGAAUCUUUCUGGGAAUCUCUUCUCUUCGUUGGCGCAGGGGACCUUUGACAGCCUCGUGUCCUUGAAGUCGCUGGAUUUCCAGACGCCGUACCUGCUGUGCGACUGCAACCUGCUGUGGCUGCUGCGCUGGCUCCGCGACAGGAACGUAGCGGCCAAGAGCACCAAGUGCUCGUACCCGCAGUCGCUGCAGGGCCAGCUCGUCUCAGCCGUCAAGCCGGAGCGCCUCACGUGCGACGCCCCGCUCGAGCUGCCCUCCUUCCAGCUGACACCGUCCCAGCGACAGGUGGUCUUCCAGGGGGACAGCCUACCUUUCCAGUGCCAAGCGUCCUUCGUGGCCGAGGACAUGCAGGUGCUGUGGUACCAGAACGGGCGCAUGGUGACGCCUGACGCCGCCCAGGGCAUUUACAUCGAGAAACACAUGGUGCAGAACUGCUCCCUGAUUGCCAGCGCGUUGACCAUCUCCAACAUCCAACCCGGCUUUACCGGGAACUGGGAGUGCCGGGUCAGGACGAGCCGAGGGAACACCACCAGGACGGUCCAUAUUGUUGUGCUGGAGAGUUCCGCCAAAUACUGCGCCCCUGAACGCAUCUCCAACAACAAAGGAGACUUCAGGUGGCCGCGCACCUUGGCGGGAAUCCGAGCCUUCCUCCCCUGCAACAGAUUACAAUCGAGCGCCGGAAGCUACUCGGGCGCCUCCGGCGAGGAGCAGCGUGCUUGGCGAGACUGUAAUCGCAACGGGCUGUGGGCGGAGGACGACUACUCGCGCUGCCAGUUCCAAAAAGACGUCACGCGAUUCCUCUAUGUUAUCAACCAGAUGCCGCUAAACGAAAGCAACGUGGUGCCCAGGGCUCGCCGCCUACUGGUCUACACCAUCGACGCCGCCAACUUCUCGGACAAGAUGGACAUCAUCUUCGUCGCGGAGAUGAUCGAGAAGUUCACCAAGUUUGUGGAUAAGUUUAAAGACCUCGGUGAGGUGAUGGUGAGCAUGGCCAGCAAUCUGAUGCUGGCCGACGAGCGGGUGCUGUGGAUGGCGCAGCGCGAGGCCACGGCGUGCUCCCGCAUCAUCGCCUGCCUCCAGAAGAUCGCCAUCCACCGCUUGGCCUCGGCGCAAGCCUUCUCUUUGACGUCCCCCAAUAUCGCGCUGGAGGCCCAUUCGGUCAAGGCUAACGAGUGGAACGGAAUGACCUGCAUGUUGUUCCAGAGGCCCAGUCCGGAACGGACUGCCGGGCAGGACCGCCAGCUCACCUUUAAAUGCAACACCACUGGCUCCUUUUCCAGUGUUCUGCUGAAGAGCACCACGGUGGAGGCGUCCCUGCAGCUUCCUCAGUCGCUCUUUACCCAGGCGGCACUGCUGCCUGGCCAGGCGGAGGAUACGGUUUACAAGCUCCACCUCCUGGGCUUCCGCAACGGCAAGUUCUUCCCGUCUACCGGCAACUCCUCCCAGCUGGCUGAUAGCGGGAAGAGGAGGAACGUGGCCACGCCGGUUAUCAUGGCAAAGAUAGAUGGCAUUUCCGCGCGUAUGCUGCGGACGCCCGUCAACAUCACCCUGCGGCGCUUCGCCCGCGGCUCCGACGCCGUCUCCGCCUGCUGGAAUUUCAGCCUAGCGGGCGGUCAGGGCGGCUGGCAGAGCGACGGCUGCCGCAUUUUGGGCCAUCACGACAACUUCACCACCAUUUCCUGCAACUCGCUCGGCAACUACGGGUUGCUCAUGGACCUCAGCUCCGUGGACUAUUUCACUCCCAGCAUUGAGCCGCUCCAUCCCGUCAUCUACGCCACCAGCAUCGUGCUCCUCUUCUGCCUGCUGAGCAUCAUGGCCAGUUACAUCUACCACCACAAGUCGGUGCGCGUCAGCCGCAAGUCUUGGCACAUGCUGGUCAACCUCUGCUUCCACAUCUCGCUCACGUGCGCCGUCUUUGUAGGCGGCAUCAAUCAGACGCGCUACGCCAGCGUCUGCCAAGCGGUGGGAAUUUUACUUCACUACUCCACGUUGGCGACCGCCCUCUGGGUCGGCGUCACAGCACGAAAUAUUUACAAGCAAGUGACGCGCAAAGCCAAGCGCUGCGAGGAGCCGGACGAGCCGCCCCCGCCGCCUCGCCCCAUGCUUAGGUUUUACUUAAUUGGCGGAGGAAUACCCACUAUUGUUUGUGGCAUCACGGCGGCGGCUAACAUCAAGAAUUACGGCAGCCAAAUCAAUGCGCCAUACUGCUGGAUGGCGUGGGAGCCGAGCAUCGGCGCUUUUUACGGCCCGACGGGUUUCAUCGUCUUCGUGGACUGCAUGUACUUCCUCAGUAUCCUGCUUCAGCUGCGGCGCCACCCCGAGCGGCGCUACGAGUUCAAGGAGCUGGCCGACGAGCGGCAGCACCUGGCCGGUGAGGCCGCAACGGACAGCCCGCGCCGGCCCAUCACGCCCGGCGCCCUUCCGCGAGCCGCCUCCCCGGGGGCGCUGGAGAACGAGCACACCUUUGGCGCUCAGCUCACGGGGGCGGCGGUGGCGUUGGGCUUGUACGCCAGCCUGUGGGUGUUUGGCGCCACGGCCGUGUCGCAGGACCACCCUUUUGAUUUGGCCUUCACGUGCCUGUUUGGUGUGGCGGCGCUGGCCCUCGCCGCGUUCAUGGUGGCGCACCACUGCGUCAACAGGCAGGACGUGCGGCGCUUUUGGUCGCAAGCCUGCUGCUCCGCCGGACGCGACUAUUCCGCACAGGAGGACGCUCUUCUGCCGCAACCCGGCGUCGCCGCGGCAUCCGCGGCCGGCUCGGCCAAGACGGACGCCGAUUCCAACAAGGGCGCCCGCAGCAGCAGCGCCGACUCCUCCUGCACCAAUAAGAGCGCGCCCAGCGUGCGCAACUCCGCCCACGGCAGCAAGCUGACCAAUCUGCACGCAGAGGCUGCCCAGUGCAAGCCCCCCGUCGUCGCCCCCGUCGUCGCCCCCCCCACCGCCCCGACGAUGACCAUUUUGGACAACAGCCUGACGGAGCAUUCGGUGGACAAUGAAAUCAAAAUGCACGUGGCGCCGGUGGACGUGCAGUUCCGCCCCGUGGAAAACAAUCCGGCCUCCAACAGGCCCCACAAGAACCGAUCACGCGCUCACCGGGCCAGCCGCCUGACUGUGUUGCGGGAGUACGCCUAUGACGUUCCCACCAGCGUGGACGGCAGCGUCCAAAGCGCCUCCAGCCGGCGGCACCACUAUUACGACAUGGCGGCCCGCAACAGCCGGCGUGCCGCCUACAUGGCUUACAGAGAACGCCACCGGAGCCAGCUGCAGAACGACAGCAGCGACAGCGCCAGCCUGCCGCGACACUCUCGCAAGACCGGCGGGGUGUCCGAGGCGGGGGCGGCGCUCACCGGCUCCAAAGACUCCGUCGAGCCGUUCGGGAGCGGCGAACUGGAAACCAAAUCGUACGGACUCAACCUCAUCACACAAAAUGGAAGUGCGCUCAAAGAAAAUGAACAAGUGGUUCCACUAAUAAGCACGGGCGAAAGCGCCCCCGCUAUCAAAACUGGCUUGUGGAAGCAUGAAACUACCGUGUAGCGUCACGUGCCAUCCUGAAGACACUGUGAAAGGCCAUUUUUCUUUCUUUUUUCCCCCCCCAUCUGUUUUGUAUUUUUUUACAAUUCAUCCACAAGCUCAUCUGCUUUCUCUAAAUGUUCUAUUUUUAUAAGACGUGACUUUGCCACUGUGUUCAUAACAACAACAUCAGCUGUAAUAAAAAGCUACAAAACCA